UCACCUGGUGGCAUGAACUGCUAUCAUCUUAACGCUCAAUGUCAGCAGCUUUGAAGUAGGUUCUUGUUUAUUGGGUUUAUUGUCACAUUGGGAGUAAGUUUAAUGCCACCGUGAACUUAUUGGCACAGACGUAACGAGAGUGAAACGUUUCAAUUUCAGCCACACUUGGCCACGGAAUGGCUGUUAGCUAGCUAGCGCUAGCGAGCUAGCUGGCGCUAAAACUAAGAUAUGAAACGCCAAAGUGACUGUUGUGGACAAACCUUGAGAUUUUGUAUUAACCAAUGAAUGUUGUAUUUUGGUGUGUCUUCUAUUCUGUUUAUUCAACUUCAUUUUUCUGUAAAGUGUCUUUGAGUAUUUUGAAAAGCGCUAUACAAAUAAAUUGUAUUAUUAUUAUUUGUUACUCUACACGGCAAAAAUGAUCACUUCCGCAUGCGUGCGCGCGCGUGCCUGCGUCAGUCACCUGCCGUCGAGGAGGGGCGUGGCUUCACUUGGGACCAGAUCUCCACUUCUCACGAGACCUCCGCCGUUAGCAAGAAGAAGCGCUCAACCAAGGAGAGCCAUGAUCACAGCUGCCGAGUACGGGGAAACGUCAUGGGAGCUAUCGGUGCACGUGGACCAAAAAGAAGGCGACGAGUCCAUGAGGUUUAAACUGCGGGUGAAGGGCGACCUGCACAUCGGAGGCCUCAUGCUGAAGCUGGUGGAGAAGAUCAAGGCUCCUCAAGAUUGGUCGGAUCAUGCCCUGUGGUGGGAGCAGAGGAAAUGCUGGCUGCUGAGGACACACUGGACCUUGGACAAGUAUGGAAUUCAGGCCGAUGCCGACCUGCGCUACACCCCCCAGCACAAAAGCAUGCUCCUGCAACUCCCCAACAUGAAAACCAUCAAGAUGACCGUCAGCUUCUCCUGUGUGGUCUUCAAGGCCGUAGCGGAGAUCUGUCAGAUACUCAACAUCAGACGAUCCGAGGAACUGUCCCUGCUCAAGCCUCCAGACGAUCCCUCUAAGAAGAAGAAGAAGAAAGACAAGAACUCUUCGUUAGAGGACAUCUGGGACAUUGAUUUAGUCAGCGGGGGGCCGGGGGGCACAGGCCCCAUGUACAGUAAGACCAUGACGGCCACCUACGACCCUGAGAACGGCAUGCCGGUAUCGGCCACCAGCCUCUGGUUCGGAGAGAACCCUCUCGCCGACUCCCAGCCCAACCUGCCUCCCGCCGAGCUGGCCAAGCUCUACCAGCCUGUGUCCCUGGUGGACAAAGCUAUCAGCAACGCCGGCUGGCUGGACUCCUCUCGUUCCCUCAUGGAGCAAGACGUUCAAGACAACGAUAAACUGCUGCUGCGCUUUAAGUACAACAUCUUCUUUGACCUCAAUCCUAAAUACGACGCGGUCAGGAUAACCCAGCUGUACGAGCAGGCUCGCUGGUCCAUCCUGCUGGAGGAGAUUGACUGCACCGAGGAGGAGAUGCUGAUGUUUGCUUCCCUGCAGUAUCACAUCUGUAAACUGACCAUGUCCAGUGAACCGCUGGACCACUCGGACGAGCCGGAAAUCGAUGAAGUAGAAGCCGCCCUCUCCAACCUGGAGGUGACACUGGAAGGCGGACACACAGACAGAGUUCUGGAAGACAUUACGGACGUUCCAGAACUGGCAGAUUCCUUGCGGCUUUUUAGACCAAAAAGACUCACGCUGCGGCCUUAUAAAGAGUACUGGUUCGUAUUCAAGGACACCACCAUCUCGUACUACAAGAACAAGGAGUUGGCUAGCGGAGAACCCAUAGAACAGUUUCAUCUACGAGGCUGCGAGAUCGUCCCAGACGUCAACGUCACCGACAAGAAGUUUGGCAUCAAGCUGCUCCUCCCGGUGGCCGACGGCAUGAACGAGGUGUACAUCCGAUGCGACAACGAGACGCAGUACGCCAAGUGGAAAGCGGCGUGCAUCCUGGCCUCAAAGGGUAAGACCAUGGCCUACAGCUCAUACAAGUCGGAGGUGAGGAACAUCCAGUCCUUCUUGCAAAUGAAGAGCCUGGCGCCCCCACCUGGCCAGGCGGCGCCCGACCUGGACGCCAUGGAGAUGAACGCCGAAUGCUUUGUCUCGCCGCGCUACGCCAAGAAGCACAAAACCAAGCAGCUGACAGCACGUAUCCUGGAGGCCCAUCAGAACAUAGCGCGUCUCUCCCUCAUGGAGGCCAAGAUGCGCUUCAUCCAGGCGUGGCAGUCGCUGCCAGAGUUUGGCAUCAACUACUACAUUGUCAGGUUCAGAGGGAGCAAGAAGGAUGAGAUCCUCGGCAUCUCGUACAACCGCCUGAUCCGUCUCGACAUGUCCACCGGCCUGCCCGUCACCACGUGGAGGUUCGCCAACAUGAAGCAGUGGAACGUCAACUGGGAGAUAAGACAAGUGACCAUAGAGUUUGACCAGAACGUUACCAUAGCGUUCUGCUGUCUGAGCUGCGACUGCAAGGUGGUGCACGAGUUCAUCGGCGGCUACAUCUUCCUCUCAACGCGAUCUAAAGACCAGAACGAGACACUAGACGAAGAACUCUUCCACAAGCUAACAGGAGGCCAAGAAUAAGAAAGACAAGGCCAGAUUCUAUGAGCUGUGGUGGUCAUGGAGAACCAUGAUGUAUAAGAUACUAUUUCUCUAUGAAACUCGGUCAAUUACUGUCCAAAUGUUUUACAGUCUCAGCAGAACAGCCGUGUCUUGAAUUGUUUUGUCAUUAUUAAUCUUAUUGUCAACAUUUCCAAGCAUUUUAAUCUGCACUCAAUGCCUCAACCUUACCACAUCCUAAUGGUACCCAAAGUGCUUCACAAGAGUCAAAACAAGUUACAAAAAAAUAGGAACAAGAUAAGCUCAAAUAUGAUAAAAACACUCAAAUAAAAUACAAAUAAAAACACAAGCAGAGAAUCCCAUCUAAAAAAUAAUAAUCAAUAAUCGUCAUGUGUUCAAAGCCAGCCUAAAUAAAUGAGUUUCCGACAUUUAAAACAUCUCUGUGAUAGACCUUAAAGAGGGGUGGGCGGGAGUUCCAAUGCUUGGGGACAUCUUUUGUAUUUCGCCCUUAGGACCUCCAGUGUGUUGAGAGGAGGUGGUGACUGACAGUUAAAAGCUCGGCCAGGUAAGCUGGAGCCAGGUCAUUGAUGGCCUAAAACACAAAUAAAAGGACUUGAAAUGGUUUCUAUGUCAGACUGGGAGCCAAUGAAGAGAACAGAGGAUUGGAGUCAUAUAUAAGGAGGCCCACGGCCUCAUUUUGAACCAACUGGAGCCGAUGGAGGAGGGACUGAUUGACACCAAUGUAAAGGGAAUUGCAAUGGAUGGAUAGAACUUUAUGAAUCCCUAGGGAAAUUCUUGUGCCAGAGUACGCUAUCAAUUACAGCAGCAAAAAUACAAAAUACCUUACAAAAAACUUACACAGAUUCCACCUGAUACUCAGUAGAGUAUUGCACAUGAUAAUUAUAAUGAGUAUUAUAGCAUUGCACCUUAAAUAACAACAGACUAUAAUAUGGUAGUAGAAUUUGACAUCCUAAAAAUAGGUUACUUGCAGAUGUGAAUGAAAAUACUAAAGCUAUACUGCACAUGGACAUGCACAUAGUACAUGGGGUGUAAUAUAAGAAGUAAUAUACUUCAGCUCAUGAAGACAUGAACUGCUUUUCAAUGUCUGCUUUGGUUAAAAAGGGUGGAAUAGACUGCCUCUGACCACUAACCUGCUUAUGAAAAUUAAGACUGCUGUCAAAUAACACACCAAGAGGAGCAAAUGGAGGGGAAGGAGGUGCUAAAAUUGGAUUGGGGUACAAACAAUGUAUUUAGUUUUUCCUUCAUUUAAGUGAAGGAUGUUCUGACACAACCAUUGUUUGAUGUCAUGGAGGCAGCUAUGGAGGGAUUUAUGCCUUGUCACUGAGCAUUACUGGUAAGUAGAGCUGUACAUAAAUUUAAAAAAAAAUGUCUUCGUUAACACUCUGUGACUUCCUUGUUGUCUUCAAUUACAAUCACAAGAUUUUACAUACAUGAAAAUAUGCAUUUUUGGGUUGUUUUGUGUACAUUUUC